AUGAGGAAAUGUUAUGGUGGUUUCGAGAACAUUGGGGCCACGGUUGAUGAUUGCAAAAAUUUUAGGAAUCGAAUUAACAGCUAUAUAGGAGAAUAUGACGCUGACAUGGUGAUUAAUAGGAUGACCGACAAAAAAGAGUAUUUAGCUGAUUAUUCAUUUGAAUAUUCUGUUGAUGAUGACAAACGGUUAACUGGUUUGUUCUGGGCUGAUGGGUUAUGCAAGCUGAACUUUAUGGAGUUUGGGGAUGUGAUAUCGUUCGAUGCAACUUUCAAGACAAACAGGUACAAGAUGGUGUUUGUUCCGUUCCUUGGCAUUGACAACCACUGUCGAAAUGUAACCCUUGGAGCUGGGUUGUUGUCAUCGGAGAGCAUUGAAUCCUAUAAAUGGCUUCUGAAUUCAUUCGUAAAGUCAUUUAGGCGGCAGCCAAAGGUUGUAGUGACGGACCAAGACCCUGCUAUGAAACAGGCUAUUGAGGAGGUUUUUUCUACCAGCAGACACCGAUUGUGCAUGUGCCAUAUAAUGAAAAAAGUGGCAGAUAAGGUGUCAAAUUCACAACUCACACUUGUAGAGUUUAUGAAUCAUUUUGACGGUGCAAUGGAGGUCCAAAGGCUCAAUCAUAGAAAGAAUGAUCAUAUUUCAAGAUAUACAGAGCCUGCUAAUUGGAGUGAAACUACUUUGGAAAAAGAUGCUGCUAAGAUAUACACCAGGUCUAUAUUCUUUGAUCAACAAUUAGAGAUUUAUGGAACAAUUUCCGAAUGUUUGCCGAUGGACACCAAAGUCGAGGGUCCACAGAUCAGGAUAUUGUUGAAAGACUUUAAAGCCCAUGGAGAUGGAUUAUUAGAGGUGUGGUUCAAGAAUCUUGAAAACGAUGUAACUGCAUAG